AUGGAACCCAAGCGACGGGCAGCUACUUCCCUACUUAAGUGUUCCACGUACAACAAACCCAAGCGACGGGCAGCUACUUCCCUACUUAAGUGUUCCACGUGCAACAAACCAAAGCGACGGGCUGCUACUUCCCUACUUAAGUGUUCCACGUGCAACAAACCAAAGCGACGUGCUGCUACUUCCCUACUUAAGUGUUCCACGUGCAACAAACCAAAGCGACGGGCUGCUACUUCCCUACUUAAGUGUUCCACGUGCAACAAACCAAAGCGACGGGCUGCUACUUCCCUACUUAAGUGUUCCACGUGCAACAAACCAAAGCGACGGGCUGCUACUUCCCUACUUAAGUGUUCCACGUGCAACAAACCAAAGCGACGGGCUGCUACUUCCCUACUUAAGUGUUCCACGUGCAACAAACCAAAGCGACGGGCUGCUACUUCCCUACUUAAGUGUUCCACGUGCAACAAACCAAAGCGACGGGCUGCUACUUCCCUACUUAAGUGUUCCACGUGCAACAAACCAAAGCGACGGGCUGCUACUUCCCUACUUAAGUGUUCCACGUGCAACAAACCAAAGCGACGGGCUGCUACUUCCCUACUUAAGUGUUCCACGUGCAACAAACCAAAGCGACGGGCUGCUACUUCCCUACUUAAGUGUUCCACGUGCAACAAACCAAAGCGACGGGCUGCUACUUCCCUACUUAAGUGUUCCACGUGCAACAAACCAAAGCGACGGGCUGCUACUUCCCUACUUAAGUGUUCCACGUGCAACAAACCAAAGCGACGGGCUGCUACUUCCCUACUUAAGUGUUCCACGUGCAACAAACCAAAGCGACGGGCUGCUACUUCCCUACUUAAGUGUUCCACGUGCAACAAACCAAAGCGACGGGCUGCUACUUCCCUACUUAAGUGUUCCACGUGCAACAAACCCAAGCGACGGGCUGCUACUUCCCUACUUAAGUGUUCCACGUGCAACAAACCAAAGCGACGGGCUGCUACUUCCCUACUUAAGUGUUCCACGUGCAACAAACCAAAGCGACGGGCUGCUACUUCCCUACUUAAGUGUUCCACGUGCAACAAACCCAAGCGACGACGUGCUGCUACUUCCCUACUUAAGUGUUCCACGUGCAACAAACCCAAGCGACGGGCAGCUACUUCCCUACUUAAGUGUUCCACGUGCAACAUUCGGCUGACGAAUCACCUAAUAAUUCGAAGCUGCGUGCAUUAUGAUGCAUGUUAA